UUUUAAACACUAGAUGCCGCCAAAAUCUAAUCACCAUUCUUUUUCAAUUCUAAGCACUUUAACUGAUGCAGAGUAAGUUUCCUUUACAAAAGAAAAUAAAUGCCUGGUGAACAUGGCUGCUGAUCUGUGUGGAAACCCAAAACCUCAGCAAGGCUGAAACUGGGGGCAGACAUCGCACAUGCUAAUGUACAACUCUAACACGCUCGCCAGGAUACAAAUGCACCAUAGAUGGGACUCCAGCAUUCAUACUGAGGGCCUCAAGUAUUUAAAACAGAGGCAGCUGUGGGAUUUGUUGGGAGAUGAUGAGACUCUGCUGUGCACUGCCAGGAAUAACCCAAAGUUCCAGGAACUUCAGAGACAGAAAGAGGUUUUGUGCAACUCAAACCGCAAGCUUGCACAACGAAAUUUAUCCUAUCAGCCAUAUCUGAAAUACAAGAAAGCACUACUAGCAGAAAGGUACCAGCUUCUCAGCCAGCUUAUCACCUCAGAAAGACACAAACAGAAGAAGUCAGACAGGUUGAAUGGACAUCUAAGCCUUAAGGCAACUCAUCAGCUUCUAAAAGAAAAGCUUGCUCAUCUUACACAUGAAUCUGAGAGUCUUGGACAGAAGUUUAUGGAGGGUAAAAUGUUGCUGGUAGAUUUUGUGGAUUCUUUUCAAAGCAUUCAGAAGUUCUACCAUGUUCAACUGGUCCAGCUGGAGAAACUGCAGGAUGUCCACAUACAAACAAUGAGAAACCGGAGAAAGGAAGACCUUUUUUCAAGUGACAAGACAACAUCUGGUGUAAUGAAUAUGCUCUAUAGCACCUCUCCAUCUAUUAUACUCCCUUGUUCCAUAUUUCCAUUAAUAGGCUAUUCUGUUAAACCACCAUUCCUACCUCAUCUUAGCCACUAUGCACAUGCUGACCUGUGCAUGCCGUUAAUGCACAAAAAUAAUGCAGGGAAUUCACAAGAAUUUAAGAAAACUUGGCCUCAGUCUGAAGGCCAAUUACAAUAUUACAAAAAAGACUAGAGACCAUGCACAAUGAAGCUGUAUCUCUGCAGAGCUACAUUAAUAUUUAAAGUGUGUGUAGUAUUAAGAUGAACUAUUAAGAUUAAUAUAGCAUGCAACAUCCUGGAGUGGAGAAAGGGUUCCUUUUUUAUUCUGCUUCCUGUCAAGAGAUUUUUUUCCUCUAUAGUACUGUAA